AUGUCUUCCUAUGCGCCCUCCGGAUCCUCUCUCCCCACCCCCGCCAUGAUCAGCCGGGUCCUCGCCGAGAUCAGAGGGCACGAGCCACCCCCGCUCACGGCCAUUAGACGCCGGCAAAGACGAUACAUCCACAAGUCUCUCGUCGUCGACGCCCUGGCGCGCCGAGAUGUGGAACUUCUCCCUCUCCCCCAGCGAGAGGUGGAUCUCAUCGUCGAAGAUCUUGCCCGCGCGACGCCCGCGACCUUCUCUCCGCCGCGCACGACGCACAUCGAAGCGCAGCACGAGUACGACGUCGUCGCACGUUUCUUAUCUGACUAUGGCACCUUCCUUGAGCAGGCCUGUCAAGGUUCCGACCAUCAAGAGGACAUGCGCCCUUAUAUCCACGCCGAGCUGCAUUCCGGAACCAACCGUUCAAGGAGCGAUAUCGUAUUGGCACUCGACUCGCUAAGCUACCCAUCUCGACGGGUGUGGUUGGCCAGCUGUGAGUUCAAAUACGAGUCGGUAUUACCCGAUGAAGGGCUCGACCGCCUGUGGGAGGCGGCCCAGACAUCCCGUUUCAAGCUCCGCCGCGUCAUGAGGAUCAAGCGCAAGAAGGGGCAGCCGAAUCAGCUUAUCAUGGUUCCGGAUGUUGCGCUUGCGGAUCAUGUGUGGCACGCCCCAUUGGAGACUUCCACGGCGGCGGGCAUUGCGCUUGAGAGCGUACUAUAUCCCUACCAUGCCAGCCUUUCGGAAGCGGAUGCCCCAAGAGCGACCUGGGCACUUCUGACCAACGGGUCGCGUACGGUUAUUGUCGGCCUUGAGCUCAUGGACGGUCGCUGCAAGCUGAUGGUCUCUAGACCGUUUGGCCCGAGGUUCAACUCCUUCCCCCACCCAGCCUUGGCAGCUGUCCGUUCAACAGCUUCGACCAUUCGAGUUCAGGAAGCGGGGACCUCUCAACCCGUUGUUGUCGAGGCACAGCCUCGCACCGUCGAUAACUCGGAAACGCGACUGAGUCUUCCAGUGGCACUCCUUGCUAUUGCGCAUCGCUACCUGUUCAUCUCGCGCGGAGUUAUGGCCUACGAUGGCGAAGCCGGCGCGCCUACCCAGUAA